CACUCGAUCUCCUGGUACUUUCACUAUAAAUGAGAAGACGAGUUCUUCCCUUCACAACAUCCUUCUCCCAUUCAAUCUUCUCCUGUGACAACUUCGUGCCUGACAUCUACCUGCCAGCCAUGGACCCCAACUGUAACUGUGAGAAUGGUGGCUCUUGCACCUGUGCAGAUUCCUGCAAAUGUAAAUCCUGUCGAUGCACCUCCUGCAAGAAAAGCUGCUGCUCCUGCUGCCCAGUGGGAUGUGCCAAGUGUGCCCAGGGCUGUGUGUGCAAAGCCCCCCAGACCGAGAGUUGUAGCUGCUGUCACUGAUGCUCCUGCCUCCCUGUGCCUGUAGAUAAAGGAAUUUGUAUAGACCUGACUUUUUAUACACUCUUCUACCCCUCCUCCUCCCCAUGAAAUGAAAGGAAAAUAAACUCAUUAAAUAA